AUGGAUCGCCGAGGGCCGGCUUCCGCGCUCGCCCCAGCCGGGCUGCGCAGCCUGGCGGAAGCGACAGCCCCUGCGAGUGGGCGGGGCCGAGGAGACCUAGGCGGGUUCAAAAGGAGGUGGAGGGAUACGCGGGCCGCAGUCGGAACUACUUUCAGGAGGAGGUCACGUGUGUUCCUAGUUGGGGAACUUUCCAAAUUCCCACUCCCCUAUGAUGGCUUGGGAAGCAAGUGCUUCGCCUCCUUCGCCCGGGGUGCUCCUGCCUGGUCCCGGUAGCGGGACCCCGAGCCUCCGGUCGCCGCGGAAGAGCAGGCUCAGACGGGCCUCCGGCCCAAGCACGGUCGGUGCUGGCGCCUGGGAAGCUGGUUACACAAGCACCCACAUUCAAGCACGUGCCCCCGCCUCCCCGCACCGCUGGCCGCGGUCGCCGAUUCUCGCAGACCACCGAGGGAGAGCUCCUGAGCCGGUCCCACCCUUCGCGUGCUACCUGCCGAGCAAGCUGAAGGGCCAAGACCCGAGAUCGGAGCUCCGGGUCGGCCAACACUGCGCGUUCCCAACCGUGGGAGAACGGGCUGGGCCCCGGGGGUCUGGCAUCUCCCUCGCUAGCGCCCUGCCCCUUAGGGCGAGCCCUUCCGCGCUGUGCUCACAGGGCAAAAGGGUAUCUGCUGCAGCAGCCCGCUGCUUGAAUUCACCAGUGUUGCAACAAACUUCCAGUCACUACCCCAGAGCUGGUGAACGCGCCCCACCUACUGUAGACUCAGCCGAGUGACUUAUCUGGUCCGAGAACCCAGUCAAUGGCCGUCAGCCCAGAACAAACCUGUCAAGUCUGCCUACAGCCCCGAUUGGUUGAACUGUCCCCGUGAGAGAGCUGGUUCAGAAAUUCUGAGAACUGGAGCGCAUUGCCCUGACACUGAUCAGCUGCAAAGUGAGUUGUCCGGUUUCUGCUUGAAGAGAAUGAGCACCCCAUCAACACGAAUCUAGGAAUUUCUUCCUUUUCCUUCCCCUGGGAAGUAGAACUCAAGCAGACAGUUGAGUCCAAAGUAUCGGAGUUGAAACCUAGGCUGAGGCGCUGGAUCGUUUUUCUUUUUUUUUUUUCUUUUUCUUUCUUUUUAAAAAUCUGGGAGAAUGGAACCAAUUUGCAUGUGUAUUGCAGUAAUUGUGAGUAGGUGCCUAGGAAGGUCUAAAAGGAUUUAUUCGGUGUCGGAGAAAGAAGAUUGCGCAUCACGGUUGCAGGCAGCCCCUUUAAGACUAGAAACCCCAAGAGAGCUUGCUUAGAAGCCACAGGCCAUUACCUAAUUCCAGGACUACUAAUUAAACCAGGGAUAUUUACAGUGUUCUUACAGAUCUCUGAGGCUCCAUAACACUUUGCAUUUAUAUACAACAUCCUUUUAAGAUAGCUCUGCAGGAGUUAGCAACCUGCUGAAGCUUCAGUGUGGAUAUUCAUUGGAGGCUGUUUUCAUGCACGGUCCUGGUCAGCUUGCAGGAGGUGGAGGCCACAAGUGGAAAAGGAAAGGGGGGUGGGGUGGUAAUCUGGAAAGAGUAGGAGAAAGGCCUCCGUUUGGUUUCCAAAAAUGAAAAUCCUGUCCACACCACCUAGGUUGAGCCAGAGAUUUAUUUUACAAAUAACCAAUGAUAAGGAGUCCCUGAUUUCUAGGUGUUUCACAAGAUGCAGGGUAAGAGACUGAGCUGUGUGUGCCCCCAUUGAGUAGCAAAUACCAGUUGGUGCGGAAAGGGAAAAUGAGGAGGACGGUAAAUGAAGGGAGAUAGAUUGGGAAGGGGUAAAAUGCCCCACCUUUGUUUCUCUGGUUGCUGGUCUUGUCUCCAGAGUCCCUGCUGUUAGCGUGCCCUACUUUGCCCCUCCCCUGGAGCCUACCCUGUGUAAGGAUUAGUCGCACAGCCUCUGCGAAGUUCUGAAAUCCACUUCCUGGGAAGGAAAUGGGUUCAUUCCUGCCCCUUAGGCCUGAGGAGAGAGGCUGCUUUUCCAUUCCCAUGGCACAGAGUUAUUCCAGAGCAGAGAGUGUGUGCACCACCAGCACCAAAGUGCUGGAAUGUAAGACUGGCCACAGCACUCCCACUAGCAGAGGGAAGGAAAUGGGACCUGAGUUUGCUGCCUCUGCACAUGCGGUCCCUCUACUUCUCUCUAGUGGUGAACGAAAGGAUCACCGCUGUUGGCCGACAUCUGGCCAGCCUGACGGCAAUAUCAGGUAGUUACUAGGAGUCACCGCUUAAAAACCUCCACCCCUUACCAGUGUUCAUUAAAUAGGCUCCUGAAGGAAAUUUUGUUUUCGAUUUUUAUUUUCCUUCACGUCUUCCUUCUACCCAAGAGAUCUCCUUACCCAAGUGGUAGAGCUGAAACCUCUAAAUAGCUGACCCUGUCUAAUAUACAGAAAGCUUAAAAUCUAUAUGUUGUUUUUCAACUUCAAUUGCAAAGAGCUGCUUGGCUGUACAGAUGUUACAAUACAUUGGUUUCCAGGCACUUCAGUUCUUUACCUGUCUGGAUUCAGAAUGCCUUAGGGAGAAACAGAAGCUUGUAACAAAGGGAGAAUUAUAUAAAGCUUCAGGGAGACUGACUAUGUAGAAUAAUUAGUAAACAUGAUAAACCAGCUUUAAUUAUAGUUGCUAACAGCUGAUUCCAAAACUAUAUUGUUACUACACCCAAAGAAUGUCCAAAGAAAAUAGCUUUCUUAUUUUCUUUGAUAAAUGAAAUGACCAGCAACUUGAUGUGGCUGAUAUAAAUAGUUGAUAUGCUCUUUGUAGAUUCCACUGCUAAAAUGUCUUUUGUUGAACACUGAUUGCCAUAACGCCUUUAACAUCUCCCACACAGUGACCUUUCAAAUAGAGAUCUAAAUCAAUGGCUUUAAUUUUUUAAGCAAUCUUUUCUAUUUUUAUUUGUUUUACCACGGUUUUCUGAAUAGUACAGAAUAGAAAAUAUAAUAAUUAUAGGUUUGAAUUUAAACCACCCUAUUUUUGCAAGGGUCCAAGUCUUCUCCCCUUAUUUCAUUUAUCCUAAUUACAAAUAUUGCUGUUCUUUUAAAUAAAGGCAUUUUACCCAAGACAGUUCUCCAGAAGGCACUACAAGUAACCGUAUCCGAAAAAAGAAUUUUCCAUUCUUGCCCACAGGCUCUCCUGGAGCUCUUGCACAUGGGUCUCCUUUCACAUCGCAGUAGAGAGGUGUGCUAGAUGAAAUUCUCACUCUCAGAGAAAUGAGGGUGGGGCUGAGAAUUCCUGAGAGAACCACAGAGCAGAAACAGGCACUCACUGUGUCCAAGUGGCAUUCAGAAAUUGUGACUCGGACCAGAGAGAUGGAAAAGAAAAGCCCGAACAUGAUCAAUCCGUUUUGACUGUUUUACUCUCCAACCUGGCACUGGCUAUUGGAUAUUCUGCCUUUAGUACUAACUCUAGCUGGAGUCCUAUGGAACACAUAUUCUGCUUUUCAGCUCUGCCAAUAAUAGAAAAAGGUAAUAAUUUGUACGUACCGGCAGGUAUUGGGGCAUUUGCCAGGUGCUUUCCAGAGGGACCUUCUUUCAUCUAGGCACAGGAGGGACAUGGAGAAGGACUCAGGGGUGCCCCGUGCCUCACUCCUACCAGUCCUUCCCUUAAGAGCAUCCUUGUGGCUUCUGAGGCAUCACAUUUUUUGAAAAAUUAAGAGCACCUUUUUGAAAGAUAAAGUAAGUGGAGGCCUCUGAGUGGUUCAGUCUGUUAAGCAUCUGGCUUCAGCCUGGGUCUUGAUCUCACGGUUCGUGAGUUCGAGCCCUGCAUUGGGCUCUAU